AAGUAGCAACACUUCAAAUCGCUUUGUAGUUUAUAUCAUACUCUUUGGUUUAUAUCGCUUUUAUAUUUAUUGUUAAUUUGUGAGACAUUUUGUACCUCGUUGCAACGACUUCGUAACAUAUUUCUUAUUAAUCGAUUCCAUCAUUGUUAAGGAGUUAUUUAUCUAAUAUAUACAUCGCUACUUUAAGGAACUUAGUCAAAAAAUUAUUCACACAAUGGCAGAUGUACCAGAAGUUACCACAUCCUCAGCCGAAGAACUGCUAGCAUUAGGGAGGCGACAUCUUGCAGUGAGGGACUACCAUGCAGCGACAGAGUCCUUGGCGAAGGCCUGUGAAAUGCUAGCUAAGACUCACGGAGACAUAGCUGAUGAGUGCGCUGAAGCUUAUUUAUGGUAUGGCAAAGCUUUGCUCGGUCUGUCGAGAGAAGAAAGUGGUGUUCUUGGAGGUGGCAUCCCAGGAGACAAUGAAGAUGAUGAUAAUGAUGAUGAAAAUAAUGAAAAUGGAGACGAAGAAUCAAAAGAACAAGGUGAAGUCGCAAAUGAUGACAAUGCUGUUGAAUCAAAGGAACAAGCUGAAAUCGCAAAUGAAGAGGUUAAGAAGAAUGAAGCUGAGUCAACAACAAAGGAGGAAGAGCCAACAAGCAGUACUGCUAAAGAAUCUAAUGAAAAGCCAGGGUCGUCAAAUGAUGAUCAAAAUGAUGAUUCUGUAGUAAAUUUGGAGAAUGAAGAUGAUGUUGACAACUUGCAACUGGCCUGGGAAAUGCUAGAGCUCUCGCGCAGUAUCCUCGAGAAGCGAGUCGCGGACAGCGGCAAUGCCGGUCGCGCGCUGCUCGCGGACGCGCAUCUGGCGCUGGGCGAGGUGGCGCUCGAGAGCGAGACCUACGACAAGGCCGUGCUCGACAUGGUUAGCUGUCUAGAAAUUCAAAAGGAAUUAUAUGGCAGCGACGAUAGACGUAUAGCAGAAACUCACUACCAAAUCGGCCUCGCUAAUUCCCUCGCGUCCAACUUUGAAGACGCAAUAACACACUUCAAAAACGCAGCAAAUAUUCUAGAAUCGCGCAUCAAGACGUUAGAGAACCCAAGUGCGGCUGCAGAAGAUGCUACUGUAAAGAAAUUUACAAACGCCGAUCCGUUCUACUCUGUCGAAGGAGAACUGAAAGAAUUGAAAGAGCUCUUGCCCGAAAUACAGGAGAAAAUACAAGAUAUGAUGGACUAUAAGGCUGAGGUGAUAAAAAGAGUUCGCGAAACUUUGUGUCCGACAAAUGGGAAUGGUCAAAGUAGCUCCGCAGGUGUCAAUAAGUUGGAACCGAAAUCAGCGCCAUCAGACAUAUCGCAUCUCAUUAAGAGGAAAAGGAAGAGCAGCGAGAGUGAGGAAACAUCAGCGCCUAAAAGAAUUAAUACGUGAAUGUGGUGUUAUAUAGAACAUUGUGCAUUUUCGCUUAAAAGUUUAACUAGCCAUGUAUUCUUAUUAUAAAUCAAUUAAGGAUGGAUAUGUAGUAAGAAUUUAAGAGCAAAAAAAUGUAUGAUAACAAUAA